AUGAAGGUUUACACCUCACCUAUCAAUAGCUAUGACACUCAAUUUUUAGAGGGAGAUGUGAGUUUCAGAGUGUCCAAUCUGUCAGCCACGUUUGUCAACAAUCAAAUUACUAUCUUUGCUACUUUAGACCUCCCAGUAAACACCACCAAAAUACACCAUGUUUGGCAAGGCGGUCUCAUCUCAUCAGGCAAUGCUUUGGGAAUGCAUGGUCUCUCUGGACAACAUAUUCAAUCUAUGGCUACUUUAGACCUUUCUUCUGGAAUAUCAAUGCCAACAAAGUGGGGGAAAUCAAAAUCCAUAUUGCGCAAUGCUCAUGGAGCACUGAACGUAAUUAGCUGGGGUACAAUGAUGCCUAUUGGAUUUAUGCUAGCAAGGUACUUGAAGGUUUUUCGACCCUCGGAUCCUUUGUGGUUCUGCCUCCAUGUUUCGUGCCAGUGCUUGGCUUUCUCAAUCGGUGUGGUGGGAUGGGCAACUGGUCUUGCACUUCGUCUCAUGUCUUCUGGUGUCCAUCAUACCAACCAUAUGGCCAUUGGAACCACCAUCUUCUUUCUUGGGAUACUUCAGAUCUUGGCUUUGCUCCUCUCCUUGGGUAUUGCCAAUGUGUUCAUCGGAUUUAAGAUCUUGAAGCCUGGGAAGGGUUGGGAGAUUGCGUACUAUGUCAUCUUCGGGGCCUUGUUAUUCACUCUGGUUACUCUAGAAGUUAGCAAGAGGUACUUCGAGAACAAAUCUACCAACCGAAGAGAUGGUGUCAAAACGCAGCAAUGGAGGAAGUGA